GACAAUGUGUCUACCAUAAAUAACCCUUAAUAUUUUGACAUAAACUUUAGAGGAUGCAAUAAAUCAUAGUGUGUGACUGCUUGUCAUGAUAAGACAUUAAUGAGCCUACAGACCUAAGGGUCAAGGUAUUGAUCAAGUCUAAUGUAUAUUAAACUUUAACAAAAUCAAUAGAGAAAGUAAAUACCACAGCGGACUAAACAAUUACAUCAAAAGGAGUUACGCUUAGGAAUUUUUAAUUUAGAAUUUCUAUCACACAUUAAGUGUGCGUUCACUUGAAAAAGCGUUACAAGAAACAUGAUUUAGUCUAAGUUGGUGGGAAGGUGCCGACACCAUCAGAAGUCCGCCAGUGAGCCGGUUUGUGGAUGUCAAGCGGUGCCCUUGCAGUGACAAUUAUGUAGAGAUAAGGCAUUCACAACCAAUUUCAACUGUUCGUUAAAGAAAUCUUGGUGACAACAGAGUUGAUAUUGCCAUCAACCACGGUAGAUCUUGAACCAUCUUGUUCUCUUGGGAGCCUAGCUAUCUUCGUGUGGAUGCUGGAGUCUUAAUCUCAUAACACCAUGGGUAAGUGACCACACUCAAUAAUCUGACAAUACAUUUGAAACGUUUACGAUGUUGGUGGUGACAAUGGCUUCCACAAUAGUGACAUUUAUGUUUCCUGUUCUGACAUUGCUGAGUGUUGGGAAAUGUGACCCAGCAAAGAUCUGUCUCCCAGAAAAUAAAUGUCCAACUGAUCUCCCUGCAACUCUGACUUGUCUCACAAUGGUGAACACUCCAUGUGGUGCAUUCAAAGAUGGGAUGAUGACAAAAGCUAAACUAGGGCAUCUGACAAAUCUCCAGACUCUGAUUAUAAACAACUGCAAUAUCAUCAUGUUGAGGGGCUCCCCAUUCCAGGACAAUGUGAACAUGACAGACCUGGAGCUCAUAUCAAACAAGUUCAGCACAUAUGACCGAAACACAUUUCAAAACCUGAGAAAGCUGGAAUCUCUGAAGAUAACAAGGAGCACAGUAGCUGUGCUCCCUGAUGAUGCUCUUGGGGAUCUCACGUCCCUCAUCCAUCUUAACCUGCAGUUGAAUCGUAUCACAACUUUAAAACAGAGAAGCUUCUCUGGGUUGGGAAGACUGCAGUCUUUGGAUCUUAGUUAUAACAGAAUAACAACAAUUGAAGCCAACACAUUCGACUUACUGACUUCUGUACAGAGCAUAAACCUUCAAAAUAACCAAAUAUCAUCUCUUCCAGAUGCAUAUUUUGAAAAGACAAUAAAAUUGAAAACUCUAACUCUAAACUCAAACAAGCUUACAACAUUUGCUACAAGUCUGACUUUGGACCAACUUGACCUGUCCUCAAAUGAACUUACAUCUAUUCCAAAGGUCCAGUCAAAAAAUCUUAAACUUGAAAAUAACAAGAUCUCCACCGUGAAAGGCGGAGAUUUUGUUGGAAUGACAAUUACAUUGGUAGAUCUGAAAAACAACCCAAUUUCUCAGAUUGAACCUGGUGCUUUCACUGGUAGCGUAAUCUCCGAGCUAAAUCUCGAAUCAACAAAGCUAACAUGUUUGCCCAAGUCAAUGUCUGCCCUGACCAACAUGACUACCUUGUUGAAGCUGGAUGACAAUGCUAACUGGGAGUGUGUGUGUGGCCAGCUGUGGCUGGCCCGGUACCUGCAGACUCAACGGGGAGGAGGGCCUUCCUGUAGGUCACGGAACCACGCAGGUCAGAAGCUGGGGGACAUAGCACUGGACCUAGAAACUGAAUGUGUGACUACCACUUCAUCAUCAAGUACUACAUCAACAUCAACAGCUUCUACAACAUUGGCCACUACAACUCCAGGGGCCACAACAGGUGUCCAGACAUCAAUUCUCUCCACUACUGCAAGGACGAUUCCAACAUCGUUUCCAACAUCGAAUCCAAAUGAAAUCAGCAGCAACCUUCCUGUCAGUAAAACUCUCCAGACACAUCCUUCUCCUCAAGUUUCCACAAACUCAAGCAUCCAUCAAGAAAACCAAACAACCACUGGAGGUAACCAAAGGAACCCUUCCACCCACAGACCAGGAGAAGCUGGGGAGUCCAGCCCUGUCCCCAUCAUUGCUGGUGUGACCUGUGCCAUCCUCCUGGCUGCUGCAGUCAUCCUAGGGCUCCUGUUGUGGAAGAAGAAAUUCAAGGUGGAACCUGCUCAAGGAUCUCCAAGGUUUAAGGAACUGCCAGACUCUCUCACUGACAGGAGUCAUCCGGGACACGCCCCUAACUCCACCGGCUGUUAUCAAGGUUUCACAGAUGGGCCACAACAAAGAAAAUUCCUGAGCUCAUGAAUUGAAGAAUGGGAUAUAUGGCAACUGCACCUGGUAUUGAUGUAAUGAAACAUUUCAGUGUAAAAUUGUAAAAUCACUUGAAAUGAGUAACAAACUUGGCUGUAACUUCAAAUCUAUUAAACAGUGAAGUGAAUUCCUCAUGAAAAUGACAUACACGUAGAGAUACAGUUCAUAGAUUCCUAACUGUUAUGAUCUGAAAUGUCGUUGUUAUGGAUUAUCAACCUUGAGAAUAGAUUGUGGUUAUUAUGACUAAUAUCGCCCAACUGUAUAGAUUGAAGGACAAGGUGUGGUUAUUUUGACUAAUAUUGCACUACUAUAUAGAUUGUUGGGCAAAGUGUGGUUAUUAUGACUAAUAUUGUCCCGCUGUAAAGAUUGUAGGUCUAGGUGUGGUUAUUAUGACUAAUAUCACCAGCGUUACAAAUUGGCACUUGUUUUGUAGUCCUUGCAAAACUGCCCAAUGGUUAAGGUAUCAUAAGGACUAGUAGAAAUUUGCCAUGUUUAAGGGUUUUGUUAUAUGUUAUCAUUAUAAGGACUAGUGGACUAAAAAUGUUUCUACUGCUGUAUCGCCCUACUAUAUACACUGUAGGACAGGGUGUGGUUAUUUUGACUAAUAUCGCCCUACUAUACAGGUUGUAGGCCAAGGUGUGGUUAUAAUGACAAAUAUCGCCCUACUAUACAGAUUGUAGGACAAGGUGUGGUUAUUAUGACAAAUAUCGCCCUACUAUACAGGUUGUAGGCCAAGGUGUGGUUAUUAUGACAAAUAUCGCCCUACUAUACAGAUUGUAGGACAAGGUGUGGUUAUUAUGACAAAUAUCGCCCUACUAUACAGAUUGUAGGACAAGGUGUGGUUAUUAUGACAAAUAUCGCCCUACUAUACAGGUUGUAGGCCAAGGUGUGGUUAUAAUGACAAAUAUCGCCCUACUAUACAGAUUGUAGGACAAGGUGUGGUUAUUAUGACUAAUAUCGCCCUACUAUACAGAUCGUAGGACAAGGUGUGAUUAUUAUGACAAAUAUCGCCCUACUAUACAGAUUGUAGGACAAGGUGUGGUUAUUAUGACAAAUAUCGCCCUACUAUACAGAUUGUAGGACAAGGUGUGGUUAUUAUGACAAAUAUCGCCCUACUAUACAGGUUGUAGGCCAAGGU